UGCAGAUGGCACUUGUAAUACAUUCGUUAUGGCUAAUACCUAUAUGCUUGGUGGUGAAUUACUGCUCUGGGAGCAUUGCUGACAAUGAAAGUAGUACCAUUCCUACAAGAAUUUCAACUACAUUUGCUAUAAAUGAAACUGAUAAUAUCUCUGUCAUCCAGAGCUUCACUCCCUCUACACCUACACCUGUACCUGACAUUGAAAAUCUCUCUGCAAUCAAAGCACAACAACAACAUGUCAAGUUGCCCACGAAAGGGACAGCAGAGGAGGAACGCACCUCUUCGAUGUCCAUUUUCUUUGUUCUUGCUGUUGUUGCACUUUGUAUUCUUCUGAUCCAUUUUCUACUCCAAUCCAAAUUCCAUUACCUCCCAGAAAGUGUUGUUGUUGUCCUCCUUGGUGCACUUGUUGGAAUGAUCUUGAAAAUCUUCUCCACACAUGACCUUGGAAACUGGCAGAAAGAAGAGGCCUUUCCUCCCAAUGUUGUCUUUCUUGUGUUCCUACCUCCAAUCAUCUUUGAAUCUGGCUACAACCUGCAUAAGGGAAACUUCUUCCAGAAUAUUGGAUCCAUCCUUGUGUUUGCUAUCAUUGGGACUACUAUCUCUGCCUUGGUUGUUGGUGGUGGCGUCUACUUGUUUGGGAUGGCUGACCUCAUCUAUCAGCUGAAUUUUGUUGAGAGUUUUGCUUUUGGCUCUCUGAUAUCUGCAGUGGAUCCUGUUGCAACUAUUGCCAUCUUCCAUGCCUUGGAUGUUGACCCUGUGUUGAAUAUGUUGGUCUUCGGAGAAAGCAUCUUGAAUGAUGCUGUUGCUAUCGUCCUGACCAUGACAGCUCUUGAGAUUGGCAUGCCAAGUUGGGAGUCAAUGACCCUGUCAGAAGCUUUCUUCCAUGGCAUGGGAAGAUUUGGGCUUGUAUUCUUCGCAUCUGCUGCUAUUGGUGUGAUGUUUGCCUUGAUUUCAGCAUUGCUCUUGAAGCAUGUUGAUCUUCAAAAGAAUCCCUCAUUGGAAUUCGCCAUGAUGUUUGUUUUCUCCUAUGCACCAUAUGGACUUGCUGAAGGACUUCACCUAUCUGAGCCUCUGUCUUGUUUCAGGUAUUAUGGCCAUCUUGUUCAAUGGGAUUGUGAUGUCUCAUUAUACCCAUUUCAACCUCUCCCCAGUUACUCAGAUCACCAUGCAACAAACACUACGUACAUUGGCCUUCAUUGCUGAAUCGUGCAUGUUUGCAUACCUUGGAUUGGCCAUCUUCAGUUUCAGACAUGUGAUCAAGCCUUCAUUGGUAAUCUGGAGCUUGAUUUUCAUUCUCCUGGGAAGAGCUGCGAAUAUCUUCCCCCUUUCCUAUCUAGUCAAUCACUUCAGAGAGCACAAAAUUACUGGAAAAAUGAUGUUCACCAUGUGGUUCAGUGGACUUAGAGGUGCUAUUGCCUUUGCUUUGGCUCUGCAUCUGGAGCUUCGGAAUGAAGUUCGCCAUGUCCUUAUGACAACCACACUUAUAAUUGUAUUGUUCACCAUAUUGGUUUUUGGAGGCUCAACCAUGCCAUUGCUCAAGUUUCUCCAAAGUCGAGAAAGGAGAAUGGGGAUUGAUUCACAGAAUAGACGGCAGAGGCGAUCCAGUUCUAAAGAAGUUACCCUCAGCAAAACCAAAGAAAUUGGUCAAACCAUUGACUCUGAGCACUUAUCAGAGCUUACUGAAGAUGAAUUAUAUCAAGAAAGAGGAACAUCUACACAAAACCUGAAGGGAUUUCUAAAAUGGGAUGUGACCUUCCUUAUUCCAUUAUUCCGGAAACACUUCUCAAAACAAGAGCUAAAGGAGUGUCAGACUCAAAUGUCCAUGCUCACAGAUCAAUGGUACAAAGCAGUGAGGUCUUCCCCACUUGGAUCAGAAGUUGAAGAUGAAGUCUCUCUUGUCAAUAAUACAUGAAGUCAAAUCUUAGUCAACCUGAAUGUGCCACUUCUUGUAACUGUUAAUUCCCCACUGUGAUAUGGAAAAUUAUGAUUUCUUGAUUAUAUUGUGUUUCAG